ACUCCGCCCUCGCCCCCGCGGGAUCCCGGAGCCCGAGCCGGCCUCGGGCUCAGGCCGCUCGAACUGCGCGGCGAGCGAACAUGGCAGUAGAAUGAGAAGGCCGGGCUCGGGUCGUGGCCUCCGCGCUGCAGCUCUAGCUCCUCGCCCAGCACCCUCGGAGCCGCAUGCUUAGCUGGCCUCCUGGUGGCCGCUGGUUUAUUUUAUUCGGAGCGGCGGGCGGGGAGGAAAGGGGCCCCGCAGCCCCGCCGGUCCGGACUCUGGAAGCGUGUCGGGGCUCGUGCGUGCGACUCGCCGGCUGAGGAAACGACGCGAGGAAGAGCCGGUCCCGGUUGCGGCGGCUCGGGCGCGGGGAUGAGCCAGCCAUGGAGCGGCCUCGGCGGGGCGCACGCAGCCGGCCGGCGCUGCGGCGGGGGCGCCGCCUGAACCCGGGCUCCGCUGGGCUUCGGGGCCUCAGGCGCCAGUGGAGGGUCCCUGCCGCCGCCUCCGGGAAGGACAGGAGCCCCUCGUGGCGGACACUGCAGCAGUCACCGUACUGAGGCGCCCGAGCCUGCUCCGUCCGCAGCUCGGUGCGCUCUGGGCACCCGGGCGCCUUGCCCGGUGUACGGCGGCUGGCGCACCGCGGCGAGCUGGGCGCAGGACUGGCUAGAGGGGUGUGUGUGCGCGUGUUCGAGCGGAGAUCCGAGCUAAAGCAGAGCCAGGCGGACCGGAGCAGCCAUGCUUCCCGGGGUGGGCGUGUUCGGCACGAGCCUCACGGCCCGUGUCAUCAUCCCGCUGCUGAAAGACGAGGGCUUCGCGGUGAAGGCGCUGUGGGGCCGCACGCAGGAGGAAGCCGAGGAGCUGGCCAAGGAGAUGAGCGUCCCCUUCUACACCAGCCGCAUUGACGAGGUGCUGCUGCAUCAGGACGUGGACUUGGUGUGCAUCAACCUGCCGCCGCCCCUCACCCGGCAGAUCGCUGUCAAGACCCUGGGCAUCGGCAAGAACGUCAUCUGCGACCGCACGGCCACGCCGCUGGACGCCUUCCGCAUGAUGUCGGCCGCCCACUACUACCCCAAGCUCAUGAGCAUCAUGGGCAACGUGCUGCGCUUCCUGCCGGCCUUCGUGCGCAUGAAGCAGCUCAUCCAGGAGGGCUAUGUGGGCGAGCUGCUGGUGUGCGAGGUGCAGGUGCACGGCGGCAGCCUGCUGGGCAAGAAGUACAACUGGAGCUGCGAUGACCUGAUGGGCGGCGGCGGCCUGCACUCGGUGGGCACCUACAUCAUCGACCUGCUCACCUUCCUCACCGGCCAGAAGGCCGUCAAGGUUCACGGGCUGCUCAAGACCUUCGUGAAGCAGACCGACCACAUCAAGGGCAUCCGCCAGAUCACCAGCGACGACUUCUGCACCUUCCAGAUGGUGCUGGAGGGCGGGGUGUGCUGCACCGUCACGCUAAACUUCAACGUGCCCGGAGAGUUCAAGCAGGACGUGACCGUGGUGGGCUCGGCCGGGCGCCUGCUGGCGGUGGGCACGGACCUGUAUGGGCAGCGCAACAGCUCCCCGGAGCAGGAGCUGCUGGUGCAGGACGCCACGCCCGUCAGCAACUCCCUGCUGCCCGAGAAGGCCUUCAGCGACAUCCCCUCGCCCUACCUGCGCGGCACCAUCAAGAUGAUGCAGGCGGUGCGCCAGGCCUUCCAGGACCAGGACGACCGGCGCACGUGGGACGGGCGGCCGCUCACCAUGGCCGCCACCUUCGACGACUGCCUGUACGCCCUGUGCGUGGUGGACACCAUCAAGAGGUCCAGCCAGACAGGCGAGUGGCAGAACAUCGCUGUCAUGACGGAGGAGCCCGAGCUGAGCCCCGCGUACCUGAUCAGCGAGGCCAUGCGCCGGAGCAGGAUGUCCCUGUAUUGCUAGCAAGGAACGGGGACCCAGCGCGACUUUGGUUAGGUCCCCCGUGGGGCCGGGAGAGUGGGAAAGGGCAGGGGGACAGGCGGCCUCGAGGAGUGUGGGGACGGGGAAGGGGAAAGGCGGUGUGAGAAAAUGGCAUCUGGGAGACCGAGCUCCUGCCCAGGUGAGGCCCCCCCCCCCAAACAAGACUGUUGCAGGGCUGAGCUAGUACCUGGGGGUAUUCAGAGGGCCUGCUCCGAGGUCGUCCCUGCUGGCGCCUGCGUAGAGAGAGGAGGUUCAGCUGCCUCUGCUGCCCUUCACUGUGGGGCGGGGCGGGGUUGCGGUCCUCUGCACCUCGUCCCUCCCCGACACCUUGGCCUCCUUUGCAAGCCAAAUGCUCCUGCGAGGUCAAGGCCCUGUAUCCAGUGGCAGCUCAGUUGGCACAUCUUCACACGUCCACGCAAGCCUGUGGGUCUGGGGAGAGGUGGGGGCGCAGCGGCUAACGAGAAAGUUCAGAUUCCAGGAAGCCACUUAGUGUCUGAAGGAGAAAGUACUUGGUAGCAAAGUGUGUAGCUUUCUUGAUUGAUUGGUCUUCCUCCCAGGACGCAGGAGGGCGUGCCUUCCUCACUGACUUUUUGCCCUUCUGACCUGAGGUGGGGUGUGGGAAUGCCAGGAACCACAAGAAGAGGGAGGGGUUCCCUUGAACCGAAAGGAGAGAGCAAGGGUACACCCUGCACCCAGACAGAUGAGGCAGAGAGGAAAAUGUCCCUUUGGAUUUGUGAGCAGCGAAAAGCCCACGAGGAGCCACCGUGUAACUAUUUCCCGUGGGAUGGGGUGGAGGGUAAGAGGGGCCGGGUACUGGGGUGGGGAGGCUGUCCUUUGAAGGGGCCAAGGAGACAGCAGGAGCUUGGGGUUUGAGGGCCUGCUCUGUGCUGGUCUCCAGGACUGGGGGCAGCUGUGCGCACCCGGGUGGCAGUGACGGUUCCCCAGCAGCAGAGAGUGAGCCAUCCCAGGCCCAGGCUCUCCUAGGAAACUGGGGAAGGGCUCUUCGGAGAUUCCCCAGCCUUGUGGAUUGAAAAAGGGAAAUCUUCAGGUCUACUCAGAUAUAAUCCUCUUCCCUUAAAAAGUAAAUAAAUAAAUAAAAGUCAAGGCUCUUUUCCUUAGCUUUGACCUUUGCUUUCAUGAAUCACACACCUGAAAAAUUUUGAAUAGGUAUUAAAAGGCCAGCAAGGAAUAUCAUUUUCAGUGUUUCUAAAUAGGGUUUCAAAGCCCUCUGAUGUGUAUACUUCACGUAGGCUUGAAAAGCCUAAUGUAGGAAAAAAAAAUCUUCCUUCCCUUGGUCUCCUGUCUCUCUUGUCUUGUCACCCUCUGCUUAUAACUGUAGGCUUGGAGCAGGCAGUGCGGAAGGGACUCACUGGACACACACACACACUCUCUCUCUCUCACUCACUCACUCACUCACACACACACACGCACACACACACACACGUUGAUAAAUGCUCACUAUCACCAGUGUUACUAGAAAUCACUCUUAAAAAUUCAAACCAAAAAGAAAGCCCAAGUCAAAUACAUUUUGAAAAUGGGAAAUUACACUUUUGUUCUCUUUUCUUAAUCCUUCACCCCUCCUCUCCCCCAUAGGACAUUUGUCAAGGUCAGUGUGGAGACUGUUACUUGUAAAUCUACAUAGUGUGUGUUUACAGUCACAGAAAUCCAACUGUUGUCUUUGGCACACAAGUGAGGCUUAAGCUUCUUUUCAGACGGCUGGCAGGAGGCCUGGAAGAGAAUUUAAGGGGCCCAGAGGGCACCCCCAGGCUCUCAGAGCAAAACCUGAAACUGAGCAGUCUGGUCAGUUGCAGCCUCCCUCCUCCUCCCUAGGUCGGUGCACGAGGGUGCAGCGUGGUCAAGCCCCAACACCACGGGGAUGUUGGGAUUCUCUCACACAGAGGAGUAAGGAUUACAUUCCCAGAAGGAAUGACCUUGCUUCCUGGGGCCUCACUGCAACAUGCUGAGGUUAGUCAGCUGAAACUCACCAUUGUACGUUAGGUCCCUGUGCUGUUGGCAAAGUUCAUGAUCAGCGUGCCAGCUUUUGUAGCUAUCAGUUCAAAACUAGAGACUUGGUAGAAUGGAAGUCUCCCAGUAACAGUUUGAGCAGAGGGUCAUGCCAUGGACUGUUUUGGUUCAGAUUGUCCUAAAUUCCUUUCUAGAUAAAUAGCUUUUGUGGAAAUUGAGUGGAAAUAAUUUUUAUUUUCCUAGCUAGCCCAAAGGCUGUGAUUAAGGAUGAAGAAAAAGGAAACUAGUGACUCUGUGGGUCUCAUUUUUCUAAGUCAUUUAUAAUCUAAGUAGGGAUAUUCCUGUUUCUGUACUUAACUAAAAUACUUGGGAGUUUUUUUCCCCUAAAAGAUCUCUGAGCUCUGUGAUAAAUAUUUAGUGUCUAAAAUAAAAAUUCUCACUUGAGGCUGGGGUAUAGAGAAAGAAUAUAUAUUCUUUAAAAGAAGCAUGAAAAUAUUUUAGUAAGUGUUCUCAAAUUUUAUCUGCUGAAAUGCAUGUGGUAGGUAGAGGCAGGGACAAGAGGAAGACAAGACCUAGAUAGUUCAUUUUUGAAAAAAACAAAAACUAUAGUAAAUGGGUUCCCUGGUGCCCCUUUGGCCCCUGCCCUACUACUUGCAAAGACUUGAUUGGGAGCCACAAGGUACAGCAGAAAUCUCAAGCUUUCAGCAACAUUCUACAGAAGGACUUUGUUCCGGCCCAGCAUCCCUAACAGUCCCCCACAGGGGACUGGGUACCAUCAGAAGGAUUUGGGCUCAGAUGGAGUCUUGGGAGUGAUCAGCCCCUUUCUGCCUUAUUGAUUGUGUUUUGGGGACCUGGAGUAAUGGAGUCUCCAUUUUAGGGGCAUCACACUUAGUCCCUCCUUCCCUGCUUUGUGGCCAUCAUCGUGUGUUUGCCACUGGUGGCCUCUGCUGAUGUUCCAGAUUCUGAGAUUCUAAGUCAGGCUCUUACCCGGUGCCCACAAGGGUUUGGGAAUGCUCCGUGCUUGCUUAGAAGGUUUGGAUGCUCUGAGGUUUCUUCUGGAGAGAGUCCAGGACCACUGUCAGCUUCCUUACGACUUCUGCCCCCGACGGCAGAGGCACGGCAGGGGACGCUCCUCAGCCUACCUGGUAGCAGGUACCUCUAGCCUCUAAGGGCAGUCUUGGUUGACUCCAGCUGAAGAUGAUCUUCUCCCAGACCCUGCCCUGUCUGCGGGGAUCCAUCUAAAUACUCCCCACACUCCCACAUGUCCUGACCUUCCACUGUGUGCGGGGUGUUUUAAGUACAGUCUCUCACUUAAUCCAUAAAAACAACUCCAUAGUAGUGGGUUGUUCCAUUUUACACGCGAGAACAUGGGGGCUGAGAGGAAGAGUAAUUUGUCCAGAGCCACAGAACUACUAAGUAGAGGAGGGGUCACUUGAAUCCCAAACCUUUCUUCGCCUCCAAACCACGCUGCCUCCCAGGUUUGAGUUUCUCCAGUUCCGUGCGGGGCAGGGAAGCACUCCUGGUGGAACCCUGUUGGGGUCUAUGGAGCAACAGCAAUUAGAGCUCAGAGUGACCUGCGUGGGGCUCCGCUCUGCCACUGUCGGCACCUUCCCGUUGAGCAGGACGCCACGUUUGAUGUUCUGCCAGAAGGUUCCUUGUUGAGCUGCAUAUAGAAGAGUCGAUUUUUCUUCCCCUUCCAAAAGGGGAAUGUCACUCAGCUUCUUUUAGAACCAACUUCGUGGGUUGAUUCUGAUUGUAGGUGAUGCAGCAAACUGCAGAUUUGGGAAGUUUCAAAACACUGUUGGCCGAUUAUUGUAGACGGUUGGGUUUUGCUCUUGCUGGUCUGAGUAUAACAUAGGAAAAUGGCUUUUCUCAGGGAAUGGGGCUCCUAAAGUUCAUUUGUUUGGGACUCAGAUUUGAGCUGUGCGUUGUGUUUCUACCUGUAGACUCUCUUAAGUCUUCAUCGUGUCUCGUAGCUGCAGCUGUGGAAAUUGACCUGUGGUCAUAAAAUAGGUUUCUGAUUGCAUUGCUUUUAUUCUGGUGGCUGUGGGGUGGGGAUUCAGUAUUGCUAAGGGUACCUUGGGGAGAAGGUAAAUCUAUUUUCAUCUGAAGGGACUUCAGAGCCCAAUCAAUAUGUUCAGUUCCUUUAUUUUUACAUCCCGAAGAUGUUAAGUGACGACCAAGGUCACACCGCUUCAGAGCGGUAGAGCCAGGACUAAAAUUCCAGUUUUCUGACUCUAAGAUCCCAUCCUGCCUCACACAGCAUCUUCAGAGCUCUCAGAUGGGGAGCGGGAGGCCCACAGAAGUGCGAUGACUCGUCUGAGGUCCCAUAGCUAGUUGAUGGAAGAGCUGCAUUUAGAACUCAGACCUGCAGUGGACCUGAGCUGUUGCAGCUGAAUUUUUUUUGGUUUUUUUAAGAAACUCAAUGAUGUCUUGAGAGGACUCAGAAAACUAGCUGUUUAAAAUUUCCCCUUGUGACUGUAAUGUGAACAACAGUCUCUAAUUUGUAUUGUCUUUGGCCAGGGUGGAGGGCACAUAUGCAGAUGUCCACCUUUGGGAUUCCUGAGGCCCCCACCCCUCUCCCGGAUCAGAUCUAGGCCUUGACUCCCUUAGGGCCCCUGCCCUCCCCGCCACCCACUUUUCCGGCCGUCCAAAUCCAGAAGUUUAUAGGGCAGAGGCCACAACACUGGGGAGCUUUGUUGUUGUUUUUUUGAUCAACUCUCAGAGCCCUGCAUUUCAGUUCCUUUUUGGGGAUAGGAAGGUAAUGAAAGAAAAGCUGUAUUUGUCUGCAGCCCGUAGGCCCCCCCAGCCUGCCCUGCCCCACCCCACCCCGGGGUAGAGAAGUGGGCAGGUGGGGAGUGCUUCAGGAUGUCUCCCAAGAGGAGUGAAGACCUUCUUGCUGCUUAAAGAGGUGAUGGGCACAGUGGUCUCAUCAUAGCCUGGAGGUGAAGCCAAGACCUUAUCCGAGUAGCUACACCAGUUAGCAGCAGCAGCUGGUGGCCUACCGACCUUUCCUUCCCCGAGACACAGUCCCUAUUUGCCGGAGUUCUUGGGAGGGCUACCCAAGCGGCUGGCUCAGUCAGGCUCCUAAAGUGUUGCACUACUGAAUGCUCUCGAAUCUGUUGCCCCUUUCUGUUUACGCCAGCAGUGAGGAGAGUCAUCACGAGGCCAUGUCACAUGCAGUGGCUCCAUGCUUAGCGUGGCAGUCAAAAGCUUGUCUGGGAGGGUGUGAGCAGGGCCCACAGACUAAGUCUGGUGCCAGCUAUCUGUCCUUCCCCGUCCAUCCAGGUCUCUGCUGUGCCCCGCAGCCAUCACAAAGGCUAUGUUGUUGGAUGUUCCCCGUAGUUGUUCCUCAUAAACUUGAUGGGAUUCUUUGUGAUUCUAGUCCGAGGCUCAGAAAGAAAACACAAGCAGGAGACCUGCCUACUCUUGUCCGCCACCCCCACCCCCACCCCGACCCCUGCCAGGCAUCCAGCUGAAUUUAGUAUUCCGCCCUGUGCCUUGCCCAGGGGAGGGGGAAGUUUCUAGCAAGUAUGGCUUUCUGUUUGUUGCCUGGUGCUUUUACUGUACUUCAUUUUUUUUUUUUAACCAAAAUUGCAUUUGUUUGAUUGUCAACGUCGAGUAUAUAUUUAUUGUGUUUUACAAACAUGAGUAUAUAUAUGUAUGUAUAUGUAUAAAACCAAACAUAUAUAAAAGUCAAGGCAUGUAUACUAGAUAUUUUAAAGAGUUAUUUAUCAAGGGCAAAAGAUGUGUGUUAUAAAGUAAACAGAGUCUAUAUUUUAUAUAUAAUGUGAUAGCAAAAAAAUAGCUUAUAAAUUAUAGAAGGUUUGGGGUUUUUUUAAUUAUUAAAGCAAAACAAAAAAAGACAAUGAAUGCAACUGUUCUUAGUGUUUUAAAGGCCACAUUGCUGUGGGAGGCGGCCUUCCCUACCAGGCCCUCGGGCUGGACAGUCCGUGCCCCGGCCCAGAGCAGAUGCCUGCUGUUACCUCUGCGAUGCUCAGGGGGCUGUGGUUACCAUCAUUCCACCCACUGGCCUGUACCACUUCAAACCUGGCUUCCUGCUGUCCUCAAUUUGCGUUGGUUGGAUAAAGGAAUGGAAGUACCAAAUAAAUAUUGAAGAGAA